AUGGAUCCCUCACAAAUCCCCAGUAUCAACUCCGACAGCCCACCACGUUCGAGUCAAGAAACGAUGCGCCCCAAAAGGAGAGGAUUCCACCAAAAGAAGGAAGAGCGCCAGAACCCCGUAGCGGACUUGAGGAACAUGUCUUCGAGUGCCCCAGGCGCUUCUCCCCCGACUAAGGAUGAGGAGAACUUACAAAAUCAAGAACCAACCGCUGGAAGCUCCGAGUAUGAGAGGUAUGCUGGCUUGAUGCAUCCGUUCGAUAUGAUGGAGGGAAGUUUCAAGUACGCUAGACUGCCGCUGACGCAGAGAAUUCCUGGCAGUGUCGCACGCGGGCGUGUUAUUGCGGCAAGUCGACUGCGAAAUCUCAAGAUACAGCAACUACCUUUUCGAGGACGCUCCAAAUACACAGAGACUUCAGCAGAGUUGGUUCCAGGCCCACCAACAAACACAAUUCCUUUUGUCGAAGAAGAGGACGAAGAUGAUGAAGAUGACGAGCCGUCCAGCCCUAUCGGCAAGUGGCGCUGUUGCAAAUGCGGCAGCAGCCACGAUGUCUACAGCGUUGCACAUGGCCAGCAUCCUGUCAGGGUCCUGACCUGCAACUGCAUGCACGGAUCCUGCUCCAAGUGUACACUGGAAGGUUUGAUCAAACAAUUCGUACCCAUGAUGGAGCCAGAAGUCGUGCACCUCUCUGAGGACGUAAACAAAGCCGUACGAUUCGGCGUCUUCUGCGAUGGCUGCGGUCAAUCCUGGCGCGCCCAAAAGGUCCAUGACGAUACGAACAAGGUGGCAGCAGUGAAAGCAGCCUUGACAAAGAUAACCGCGAUCCCCAAACGCCUCAACAAGCGUGAUCCGCACCCUCUCAAGAACAUGCGGGCCUCAAGGUCAAUGGAUCAUCUCCUUCACCCUUGCACUGCUUGCGCGCCAAUGGCGACCUCAAAGUCCGUCCUCAACCUCCGCGCGCUCUCCAACGAGAUGCAGAAAGAACAUGGCGAGCAAGCAGAGCUGGUAUCUGUGCGGUUCACAGGUAUCAAGUGUGACUGUGGUAUGAUCACCGAUUCCAACUCGCUUUGCUUCCAGAUUGUGGAUCCGCCUAGAGAUUUUUACAGAGUCCAGUUUAUGAAGCAGAUGGCUGGACGUCGAGUAUCUGGCUUUGGUACUACGCCAGAGGACAAGGUGAGGGGGCAUGGAACGCCGAUUCUGGUCUUGAGAGGCUAUAUUCGCCACCCUAAUCCGCUCAUGAGUAGCCCUGUGGCGUAG